UGAGUCUUUUUUGGAUUUUUGGCGACUGACGGUUUGUGAAUUUUUUUCCUCUCUCGGGCGAAAAAAAACCCUUGAAUGGCGAGGCCGGCGCUGGGGGAAAAUUCGUCGUCGGACGAUUCGUUGGCAAGUUCCUCGGAGGAGGAGGAAGUGAAGGAAGAGGUUAUUGAGGAGGAGGAUGAGGAGGAACUCGAAGCCGUUGCUCGGACUGCCGAUGCUUCUGAAGACGACGAUGAUGGUGAAGCUGCUCCGCAGGAGGAUGAAGAAAAUGAGGAAUAUGAUGCUAUUCCGAGCGAAAUUUCAAAGCGUGAGAAGGCCCGGCUCAAAGAAAUGCAGACGAAGAAGAAGAUGAAAAUACAAGAAAUAUUAGAUGCCCAGAAUGCUGCCAUUGAUGCUGACAUGAAUAACAAGGGAAAGGGCCGUUUAAACUAUCUCUUGCAGCAAACAGAGUUGUUUGCUCAUUUUGCCAAGGGUGAUCAAUCUGUAUCGCAGAAAGCAAAAGGAAGCAGGGGUCGCCAUGCAUCUAAGAUUACCGAAGAGGAAGAAGAUGAAGAAUGCCUCAAAGAGGAAGAAGAUGGUCUUUCUGGCACUGGAAAUACAAGACUUGUGGCGCAGCCAUCCUGUAUUCAAGGAAAGAUGAGAGAUUAUCAGCUUGCUGGUUUAAAUUGGCUCAUACGGUUGUAUGAGAAUGGCAUAAAUGGAAUACUUGCUGAUGAAAUGGGCCUUGGUAAAACUUUGCAAACCAUCUCCUUGUUGGGCUACUUGCAUGAGUUCAGAGGGAUUACAGGCCCUCACAUGGUGGUUGCUCCAAAAUCUACACUUGGCAAUUGGAUGAAUGAAAUCAAAAGGUUUUGUCCGGUCUUGCGUGCUGUAAAAUUUCUUGGGAACCCUGAGGAUAGAAGAUACAUACGGGAGGAAUUACUUGUUGCGGGCAAGUUUGAUGUUUGUGUCACGAGUUUUGAAAUGGCCAUUAAAGAGAAAACUGCCUUGCGCCGAUUUAGCUGGCGCUAUAUUAUUAUUGAUGAAGCUCAUCGGAUCAAGAAUGAGAAUUCUCUUCUUGCAAAGACAAUGAGGCUUUAUAACACAAAUUACCGACUUCUUAUUACCGGAACGCCACUUCAGAAUAAUCUUCAUGAACUCUGGGCUCUCCUUAACUUUUUGCUACCGGAAAUAUUUAGCUCUGCUGAGACUUUUGAUGAAUGGUUUCAAAUUUCUGGUGAAAAUGAUCAGCAGGAAGUUGUCCAACAACUUCACAAGGUUCUUCGGCCUUUCCUUCUUAGAAGGUUGAAAUCUGAUGUUGAGAAGGGUUUACCUCCUAAGAAGGAGACAAUACUGAAAGUUGGGAUGUCCCAGAUGCAAAAACAAUAUUACAGAGCAUUGCUGCAGAAAGAUCUUGAAGUUGUAAAUGCUGGUGGAGAGCGCAAACGCCUCCUUAAUAUAGCUAUGCAGUUGCGGAAAUGCUGUAAUCAUCCAUAUUUAUUUCAAGGUGCUGAACCUGGUCCGCCUUAUACCACUGGAGAGCAUCUUAUAGAAAAUGCUGGCAAGAUGGUUCUUCUGGACAAAUUGCUUCCAAAAUUGAAGGAGCGUGAUUCAAGGGUCUUGAUAUUUUCACAGAUGACCAGAUUGCUGGAUAUUCUUGAAGACUACUUGAUGUUCCGUGGAUACCAUUAUUGUCGGAUUGAUGGAAAUACAGGUGGGGAGGAUCGAGAUGCUUCGAUUGAUGCUUUCAACUCACCAGGAAGUGAGAAAUUUGUCUUUCUACUAUCAACAAGAGCUGGAGGUCUUGGUAUCAACUUAGCCACGGCUGAUGUUGUCAUUCUCUACGACAGUGAUUGGAACCCACAGGUUGAUCUACAGGCGCAGGACCGUGCUCACAGAAUUGGACAGAAGAAGGAAGUUCAAGUAUUCCGGUUCUGUACUGAGUACACAAUUGAGGAAAAAGUAAUUGAGAGGGCCUAUAAAAAACUUGCUCUUGAUGCCUUGGUUAUCCAACAAGGGCGACUGGCAGAGCAAAAGACUGUCAAUAAGGAUGAACUGCUGCAAAUGGUGAGGUUUGGUGCUGAAAUGGUUUUCAGUUCCAAAGACAGCACAAUUACAGAUGAAGAUAUCGAUAGAAUCAUUGCCAAGGGAGAGGAGGCAACAGCUGAGCUUGAUGCCAAGAUGAAGAAGUUCACCGAAGAUGCCAUCAAAUUCAAAAUGGAUGAUACCGCUGACCUGUAUGAUUUUGAUGACGAGAAGGAUGAAAGCAAGUUUGAUUUCAAGAAAAUUGUCAGCGAAAAUUGGAUUGAACCGCCCAAAAGAGAGAGGAAGCGCAACUACUCUGAAUCGGAAUACUUCAAGCAAACAAUGCGCCAAAGUGGUCCUGCAAAACCAAAAGAGCCGCGGAUUCCUCGCAUGCCACAGCUGCAUGAUUUCCAGUUCUUCAACACACAGCGCCUUAGUGAGAUCUAUGAAAAAGAAGUGCGAUAUCUUAUGCUGAUACAACAAAGAAAUCAGGUGAAAGAUACUAUAGAGGUUGAUGAACCAGAAGAUGUGGGAGACCCAUUGACAGCUGAGGAGCAGGAAGAGAAGGAGCAAUUACUCGAAGAAGGAUUUUCGACAUGGAGCAGAAAGGACUUCAACACUUACAUCAGGGCCUGUGAGAAGUAUGGCCGUACCGACAUCAAGAGUAUUGCUUUGGAGAUGGAAGGCAAGACUGAAGAAGAAGUCGCAAGAUAUUCUAAAGUUUUCAAGGAAAGAUACAAAGAAUUGAAUGAUUAUGAUAGGAUCAUUAAGAAUAUUGAGAGGGGUGAGGCUCGAAUUUCAAGGAAAGAUGAGAUCAUGAAAGCUAUCGGGAAGAAAUUGGAUCGGUACAAGAACCCUUGGCUGGAGCUGAAGAUCCAGUAUGGGCAGAACAAGGGGAAGUUAUACAAUGAAGAAUGCGAUAGGUUCAUGAUAUGUAUGGUUCAUAAGCUUGGGUAUGGGAAUUGGGAUGAGCUGAAGGCAGCCUUCCGGACUUCACCACUGUUCCGUUUCGACUGGUUUGUAAAGUCACGUACGACUCAAGAACUCGCAAGGAGAUGCGAUACACUUAUCCGGCUGGUGGAGAGGGAAAACCAGGAGUAUGACGAGAGGGAGAGGCAAGCAAGGAAAGAGAAGAAACAUGCAAAGAAUGCAACCCCGUCGUCCAAGAGAGGUAGGUUGGCGACAGAGAGUCCUCCUACUACCAAGAGACGGAAGCAGUUAUCCAUGGAUGACUAUCUGAGUUCGGGGAAGAAGAAGAAGUGAGUGACAAAGAGGAGGUAGAUAGAUAGAUAGAUAGAUAUCCAUGGAUGGAAUUAAGUAGGAAGGAGGCUGGGCUCAUACUUGAUAUGAUAUGAUAUGAUGCUGUCGAUCAAAUAGUAUAUCAAUCAGUAUUAUUAUUAUUAUUAUGGUAAAGUUGUAAGAGACUAGUGUGGGAGCAAGCUCAUUCCAAGUAGCAAUGUACUAUUAAAAUGGUAAGCUUUUCAUCUCA